AUGCGAGUAGACGCGUCUGGUUUCAAUCAACGUCGAUCUCGCGCGAUGGAAAAUAUUUCACAAAAAUUUGCUGAAGUAAAUUCUCCAUUCACAUUGAAGCAAAUCCUAGAAGAUAAAAAUGUUUCAUGCAAUUUUAUCGAGUGGGCAUUAUUGAG